CCAACUGGUGCAUAAUAACAAUUGCGAUCCACACAUCAGAGACCGUUUAGAAGGGUCAGUACAACACCAUGUACGCCGUUUCGUACGUAUGUUUAGUUGUGUGUAAAUCAAGUAUUUAACUUAUAUAUAAAUCUAAUAAAAUUAAAUAUAGCAACAAAGUGAACCAGUUGAUUACAUACACGUUGAACAGUAACUUAUUAAGUAAAAUGACAAUCGUCAGCUUAUUAAAACGACUGUCAGAAGUGAACAGAUUCUAUGGAACUAGACAUUUAAGUACAAAGCCAAAGUUUGGUCUUCUCUUUGACAUUGACGGGGUCAUAGUUCGCGGUAAAACGGUUCUGCCUCCCGUGCCAAAAGCCUUUGAACGUCUACGAGAUUCGGAUGGCAAAUUUCGAGUACCGACAGUAUUUGUUACAAACAGCGGGAAUGCGCUUCGCAGUCAGAAAGCGAAAGACUUGUCCAAAUGGAUCGGUUACCAAGUGAAAGAGGAGCAGGUGGUGAUGGCGCACUCGCCGUUGCAGAUGUUCAAACAAUUUCAUGAAAAACAAUUUUUAAUAUCAGGCCAAGGUCCAAUUGAAGAUAUAGCCAAGGAACUAGGAUUUAAAAAAACAGUAACGAUCGACGAGCUUGCCAAGAAUUUUCCGUCGCUAGAUUACGUAGAUGUGGCCAAAAGGAAUCCACGCUGCGGUCCGAUAGAUCCUGACUUUCCGAGAAUAGAGGGUAUCGUCAUGUUCGGAGAGCCAAAGGCUUGGGAAACUUCUUUACAACUGAUGGUAGAUCUUUUGUUGACCGACGGAAUGCCCGUUGCUUCACCUCUGGCCAUUCCUUACCCACAUAUCCCAGUAUUGGCCUGUAAUAUGGAUCUUCUGUGGGUGGCCGAGGCCCCGAUACCAAGAUUCGGUCAUGGCGCCUUUUUAUUAUGCCUUGAAAAUGUCUACAAAAAAGUUACCGGUAAAAAUAUGGUCUACACCGCGCUUGUCGGUAAACCGAGCGAAGUAACAUACCACCACGCCAAUCGUAUGAUAUUAAAUCACGCCAAAAGUAUCGGGAUCAAUCACAACAUUGAAACGAUAUAUGCGGUUGGCGACAACAUAAACACGGAUGUUUUUGGGGCAAAUUUAUACGACAAGUACCUGGCUCGUUAUGCAAACGGAAAAGGCAGUAAAUCGCGCAGCAUGGAGAAGCUGAUAGGUAACAACGGUCUGAAGCGUUGCGCCAAAGCUUGUAUAAGUAUUCUUGUCGAAACUGGAGUACACAAACGAGAUUCCGAGUUUAUAUCCGAACACAGUCCCAGGGAUUUUUUACCGGUCGAGGAUGCGUUGUGCAAACCUGCUUUCAUAGUUAACGACGUAGAAUGCGCAAUUGAUCUGGCCUUCAAAGAAGAAAAGUUUGAUUAAUCAAGUGGUAAAAAUUUUAGCCUCCAAUUUUCAGAGACUUUUCGAAUUUCGAUGGAGAAAAUUUAGCCUGAUAUCCGAAGCACUGCACAAUUACGUUUUUGGUAGUAAUCGGAAUUUAGAAUUUGAAACGUUGUAUAAUUUGCUGAUACGAAUCAAUUGAGUCAUGUAUAUACUAUCAUAAAUAUUAGGUAUGUGGCACAAAGCAUCAAUAUUUACGUUAUUCACAUUGUUUGCAAUAUUACUAUUCAAAUCUGUCUUGCCAUUUAUCAUUAUACAUCGCACUCAGUGACAAGAUUCAUAAAAGUCUUUCUUGUUUGCCUUUUUGAUGCCCUGUUUUAACAUCGAAUAUAUGUAAAGAUCGGUUUAUGGCGGCGAGACUUUGUUCUCAGUUUACGCUACGAUUGUAACGAUCUUACUUUAUGUGGGAAAUCAACCCAAAUAAUUGUAACUCGUUUUUUUUUACUCAAAGUUCAGGUCCAUUGAAUGCAUGCAUGACUUAUAUCGGUGUAAUGUUAUACAUAAAUGUUAUAUAUACACCUGUACAAUGUGUACAUACAUUAAACUUAGUCAAAGCAUAAUAGUACGUUCCUAGAUUUAGUUUUAAUAAACAAUUUUGAGACGAUAAUUUGGAGUAGAAGCGAGCGACGGUUUGAAAAUUUUUAAACAUUACCCAUGUAAUAAAUAAUACUUUCGUGACUAUUAAUUGUGAUUUACAAGCAACAUUUUAUGGCUAUUAAAGUAAAAAAGAUCAUUAUAAUUUUAUUCCAAGAUAAAUAUAAAGAGUAGAAAAUCUCUUGCUCGAACGAUAACUAAGAAAUAAUGACAAAAAAUUGAAAAGUUUUCAUUAGAGAAUAAUAAUUUUGAUCAGAGUUUAAAGUCCAUUUUUAUUACAAACAUUAUUCAAAAUUAUACUCAAUCCUAAAUUUAUACAUAUAGAUUAUGAAUGAACUCAAAUGCUAACGAGAAGGCAACUCUGCUCGUAUAUCGACGUAAGACUGACCAAAGCUGAAUUAAACGACUUCGUAAUGUCAAUAUAUGUGCUAUAAUAAUGUUGGCUGUUUAUAUAUUAAUAAUAAUGAUGAUGAUGAUGUAGUAAUAUGAAUAAUGAUAAAAAAAAGUUGCGAUCAAACUAAAGCAGUAGGGUAAAAUUGAUAUAACAACGCACUUGUGUUGUUCGUAGAAAAAUAUUUAGCUGGAUAUGUUUUGUAGUAUGAAGAAUGAAAACUAAUAAUACGAAUAGAGAAACGAAUGAAUCUUAGGAAAACAAAUAAGAAAUGGUAAACAAUUAUCAUUAAAAAAUUUAUUCAAGUGUAAUUCGAAUACCUAACUAGUUUAACAAUUUUAAUCAUGAAAUACACAUUGAAAUAUGAUCUGUGAAUACUUUUUAAAUAGUAAAGAAGAAAAAUUGCACAAAGUUAUUCAACAUUUAAUAUUACAUUGUUGAGAUGGUAAAAAUAUGGAUAAUUUAAUACGCACAUAAAUAUCAGUGCUCAGUAGGAGAUGAAAUUGAUAAAACCUAGAGAAUGGUCAAUUAAUUAACAACGAUGAACAAUUUUUUCACUUACGAAAUGAAAAACGGUCUCGCAUCAAACGCAUACAGCAUUGUGUUUACAGAUUAAAUAUUAAAGUAUCGUCGUUCGAUAUUAUAUAUAUUUUAAUUAUCGGCAUAGGACGGAAUUAAAACAAGUAUUCUCAUAUUUCAUAAUCUAUACGUUUCUCCAAAACGUUGUACGUAUGUACGUUCAAGUACUUCAAUAUAGGUAUACAUUACAUAAACGAACUUGAUGCAAUUUUAUUAUUAUUUACAUUAAAUAUAUCAAAAUAAAAUGUGCAUAAAUAUUUAUCGCGUAUUUGUAAAUUUGAGGAUAAUUGUGCAAGAGUAAAAAAAAACAAAAAAUAAUGAUUUUUCAACACAUUAGAUUGCAGGAAUUAUUGUAGAUUAUCAUCGGCGUUAAAUAAUAAAUAUUGCAAAAUUUAUCAAUGAUACACUAUAGUGUGUAAAUUUUAAUUAAUAAAAAAAACCUUUUUUUAUACUUUUGUUCUACUUUGCUGGGAAUUAUGAUUCAGGUAGAAGCGAUGAAAGCGAGUUCAACCACUUUUGUUAUAUCUGCAGAUUAAACUGUUGGGCUGGGAAAAUUUUAUCUUUAAAAUCCAUUUAUGUGUGUUUUUGUUCAUCAAGUGUUUCGGCAUUGGCUCUGAACUAUGAUUCGAUUAUUUCUAGACAUUGAGAGGAGGGGGAUAAAUUAGACUAGUAUUUUUGAUUUAAGUAGACGAAUAUUAUAAGCAAUGAAAUAAAAUGACUAAUUCGUACGUACAUAUAUAACAAGGAUCGAAUUUAUUUCCACGUAAAAUAUUACAAUGAUAUUUUAUUUUUUCCUAAAUUUCUUAUUUCUUGCGAUAAACUUGUGGACCAUAAUUAAUCUUAAACUAAUAAUUAUCGUUGGAAUACCAGAAAUAUAUUAAAUUAUGCUUGAGCUUCGUAGAUUGAAGCGUUAAUUACAAAUUACAAUGUUUAUUAAUUCCCUAAAAUCUUACACGUAAUCAUAGAAAACGUCACACACAAUCUUUCGCGCACAUUAUAAUCGUACACUAAUCUAAUAAUAUUUACAGUACAGUUACUCUAAUUUUCAAAGUUUUCUGAAAUUAUCUCAGAUUCCUUUCUUUAUCAACCCUCUCUAUUUUGCUCAUUUCUUUUAUUCUUCUCAUUUAAGGUACUCGUUAUUUUAUGUUUCAUUAAUAACAAUUAUGAUCGGUAAUAAAAAUCAUCCAACCACUUUACUUAAUCGCUAUUAACGAUAUACUUGCUGUGACCAAGUCCAAGAAUUAAGUCGUAUAAGUUUGAAAAUUCGUAACAUCUUUAUCGGAAGAAACAGAU